GCCCUUGUGGAAACAUGAAGCUGCUCACCCACAAUCUACUGAGCUCACAUGUGCGGGGGGUGGGGCCUCGUGGCUUCCCCCUGCGCCUCCAGGCCACCGAAGUCCGAAUCAAUCCCGUGGAGUUCAACCCAGACUUCGUGGCGCGGAUGAUACCCAAGGUGGAGUGGGCGGCGCUUCUGGAGGCGGCUGACACCUUGCACCUGGUGGAGGUUCCAAAAGAGCCUACUGAGGGCUACAUGAACGACGAGACAUUUCUGAGAAAGAUGCAUCACGUGUUGCUGGAGGUGGACGUGCUGGAGGGCACCCUGCAAUGCCCCGAGUCAGGACGUGUGUUCCCCAUCAGCCGCGGGAUCCCCAACAUGCUGCUGAAUGAUGAGGAAACCGAGACUUAACCAUGUCCAGCACCAGUUUUACGUUUUGUGACCGUGUGUAUUUUUGUUAACAUAUUCUGUUUGCUAGUUC